AUGGCUGCUUUGAGGUCUCACUUGGUUGCACUUCUGGUCGUUAUUGGCUUCGCGCGGUGCUUACAGACGCAGACCAGUGCCAAAAUCCAGAGCCAAAUCGAGGCGAAUGAGAAUGACCAAAAAGCGUUGAACACCAUACACGCUCGUGCCUGGCUCAUCUGUUCGAGGGACCACCGACAUUCUGUGGGGUUGUUUUAUCACCCUGACCAUUUGCGUUCUUACGGUGCUUCAUUUGAAUAUCAAGCACUCUUCGACAUGGAACAAACUGCAAUGGGUUGCUAUAACCUUAUUCGCACCAGAAUUCAUCCUCUUGCUUGCCUCCAGGCAAUUCAUCGAAGAAUUCUUGCUUAA